ACUCAACAUCUUUUUCUGUUUCUUCAAUCUCGAGUUCAGACGCCUGGCAUAAGAUUGCCUAGGUCUACGCGAGCACGAAAAAAGUCAGUAGCUCUAACACAAUAAGAGACCUCUAUCUCAAUGGUAUCAUUCCAGUACGCUAUCCAUUCUUUUUUUCGCAAUCCAUAUGUAUGAUCUAAACGCAUGGUCCACAGAUGUCACAGCUGCAGUGACGUCGUAAAAAAACCAAAACUCAACCAACACCACGGUUUCUGCCAUGCAGCCUUCGACUGUAUCGACUGCUCGACCACAUUCCACACUCCUGCUGAGUACCAGGGACACACUUCGUGCGUAACAGAAGCAGAGAAGUAUCAGAAAACUUUGUACAAGGGUCCUAGAUCUGCCGGGAGCUGGGGGGCGGCACCUCGAGAGAAUGGAUACGGUAGAUUCCAAGGCAAUGGGGGAUACCAGCCGCGACCACCAACGCGUUACCAGGCCACUGGUGCCAACGGAACUCCAUUGGGCACACCUCAGCGCAUGUCGCCUGUAACUGUAACACCACCAGAGCCGUCAGUAAUACCACCUAAACCAAUAGAGGCUCAGCCCCCAAAAGAAUCAGACCCAGCACCGAAAACAACUGAGAUCAAAUCCCAGAAAAAGUCAAAGUCUGAUUCAAAAGCCAAGGACACAAAGGUGAGUACGUGUAAUUCGUUAUUAUAGUACGGUAUUUGACUCGUACAAGGCAUCAGAAAAUGUCAUUAUUGUCGAGCCAUUAUCUGCGCCUUCAUCUCC